AUGGUAAAUACUCCAACUGCAAACCAAUCACAAUGCAUCCUUUCCGAUAGCACAUCAUGUAAAACUGUGAAGCUCGCUCCACAACCGUUGUCCAAGCGGCUGGUGUACCGAGUGAUUGUCAACGGUGUGGACGUCACUCCGGACGAUAUCAACGACCCAGCGUUCCCCACCAUGGAAGAAAUGUCCACACACGCUGCGUAUGAUAUUAAAGCUCGUGCCAAAAGCGAAAUAGGUAUUAGACCAUCUUUAACUAAAUCCAGGACAGCCGUCGACGGCGUGUCCGUGUAUGCCACCACUAUCAACCUUGACGACAUUAAAAUUGAUCACACGCUCGACACGGAGGAGGGGUUAGAGCCUGAGGACAGCGACCUCUCCAUAGCACCGUCCGCAUUCUAUUUAACUAAAGUUUACGACCUAACGACCUAUCCACCAGAAAUGAAGAUCACGCUUAAGGAAACUGAAACAGUUGUCUUAUUUUCGAUACCAUGUAUAUCUUACGACAAAGGCACUCAUGAAGCGAAUGCAGUUGAAGAAGAAAAUGCGUACUAUGAGUACAUUACUAUUGGAAAAGGGCGAAAUAGGAAAAUGGUUCAUCAAACAACUCAAACUAAAGAAGUUAUUAAACAAUCCAGGCAUACACUAGCUACAAGACCCAAGAAUAAGAACGCCAUAGCAUUCGCCUCCUUGUGGGACAUGCACGACACUUAUGAAGAAAUUGCGAGAACUCUAGAGGAGUCCAAAGAAGAAGAUGAGAUGGUCAUGUACCAAUCAGCUGCACCUCACUUGUUACGGAAGAAAAGGAAAAAAGACCGGGAACUUGAAAAACCGCGGAGCAAAACUUUCCUGGAAAUAGCGCAGACUCCUCAAUAUUUAGAUGCGGUGCUGCUGACAGAACGAGUACUUGCAUCCUUAAAGUAUGAACCUGCUCAGAAGAAAUUUCGAGGACUCGUUAAUGUGGAUCCACUGUCAUUAGACUUAGUAUAUGUUUACACACUUCACGCUUUGUGGACUUACGAAUGCGAAGAGACUCUUAACAAACCUAUUUCGAGCAUAUCUUUUAAUCCUAAGUAUCCGCACAUAUGCGCAAUAUCUCAUGGAAAGUUUGCAUACGCCGAUGAAUGUCAAGGAAUGGUCUGUGUUUGGUGUUUCAAGAAUCCAUGUAAACCUGAAAGACUUUACACUUUCGAUGUAUCAGUCACCUCCGUGGGUUUCUCUACAAAGAAUCCUAACUGGCUAGCUUGUGGGUUCAGUGACGGUGACGUGAUAAUAUUAGAUAUUCAAUCGUAUACGAAGAAAAUUAUAGCGAGGAGUAAACGUGACACAAAUCCCUGCUUUGAGCCGAUAUGGUUAAUAACUUGGGUUAGCAUAGACAGAGACAAUGAGUAUGUAAUGACAACAUGUCAGGACGGGAGGAUCCGCAGGCUGCAGAGCACGAAAACUCAUGAGUUUAUCAGUUCACCCAUGAUGCGAAUUUGUACUGUCGAAGGAAAUCUGAAGGGGCUGGAAACUGCCAAGACAUGUUUAAAGGUCGACGUCCCUAUCACUCGGUACCCCGCUGUGUUGUGCAUGAUAUGGCAUCCGACGAUAGAUCACUGCUACAUGGUCGGCACUGACGAGGGCUGCAUACACAGAUGUUCUACUCACUAUCUGAAUCAGCAUAUGGACGUCUUCCGCGCUCACGCCGGCCCAGUCAAUGAUAUCUGUAUUUCCCCUUUUAUGAAAAAUCUGCUAGCCUCCUGUGGCGCUGAUAAUGCGAUUCGGCUCUGGAUUGAAGGCUUGGACGAUGUUAUAAUGACAUUAAACUGCCAAAACGCAGUGAACGCAAUAAGUUUCUGUCCAACAAACUCUAGUAUCUUAAUUUCAGUGAGUGGCCAGUCGUUGUCAGUUUGGGAUCUUCGACGUAAAAUUCAUAUGCCGUGUGCGGAGUACACGUUCCCUGGUAAUGUGACGUUGACGUACGUUCAGUUUGAAGCGUCUGGUCACAACGUGUUCGUGGGGGACACGCUGGGCAGGCUGCACACCUUCCACUUGGAAGACACGCCCAUCCCGCCGUACAAUCAGACCAAAAUGCUAGACGAAGCAAUAAGGAAAGCUCUGUGCACCAGACCGCAUAUGAUAAAGCAACUUGAUAAGCUUAUGAGAUUUAAUAAACGGAAGACUAAAUUGUAA